AAAAGACAUUUCAAUUUGGACCUCAGUUGAGAUGAAAUAUGUCACCAAACAUAUGAGCAUCCAUCAUUCCUGGUACUAGAUUUGUGAGUUGUCCUUGUCUAAACUUGGCCUGUCAUGUAAGCAGAAGGAGUAUUCUGCUUGCGGUUUGAUUUUGGACGUUUGUUUUUUAUUUCUCUCUUCAGAUUUUGCAGUAGCAAGUUCUGAUUCCUCUUCUGUAGUUACAUUCUCAGAGGAAAUGCCAGACACAUUGGUGCUUAACAUGUCUGUCUUCUGAAUUAAGGUAGCUCUGGCUGGAAUUAAGUUCUACUCUGGCUGGCUUGAUACUCUGUAAGUAGAAAAAGUCUUCCGGCUUCUUUAGGGCUGGAGUGGUAUAUUUGGAUGUAUUUUUCUUGAAUAGCUGGUAUCUACUUUCAUGCCUUUUUCUUUUUCCAUGCUUUAGUGAAAGUAGGAACGAUGAACUAUCAGAAAUAUCCCAAGCAGUUGUUAUAGCUGUCCAUUUAUCUUACAACCCUCUGCUGCUGAGAUCACACUCAUGCUGUGAAGCCAGUUUGUAUCAUGAAUAUAAUGAGUUAGUGUGUUUGCAGUUGGCUGGGUAAGCAGCAGUAGCUCUAGCAACUGAUCUAAUACAACAAGAGAAUGUUCUGUUCCUAAGGGCUGAAAAUAAAACUUAAUCUACCUGAGUGGAGAGCCCAUAGUGGUGACAGCUGCAUUUAGCUCUCUUCUAGGAAGUUGAAAGACUGCUCAAGAUCAUCUGUGCUAAUAACUUAACCACCUUCAUACUGUUAGCCUUUGUUAGGGGAAAAGAUAAGUCAUACCAACCCAUGAAAAUUAAUUUUUAAUGACAAGAUAUUAAAUCCAUUACCCGAUCAUAUAGCUUUCAUACUGGCGUUUGUGCUCCAAGGCUAUUCUUUGCACUUGAAUCUUGUAAAUUUUUGUGAAUUGAAGCUGUGACCCUGCUCAUUUUGUGGAAAAGACCCUGCUCAUUCAGUGGAAAUAAAGCUGGGAAAGAAUAUGCUGUGGAUGGCACUAAGAAAGCAUGCAAUAGCAGUGGCAAGAAUGAAGGAUUAAUUGCAUUAUAUUGACUGUAGGAAUAUAUGUUCUGGCCCUCCGGAUCCUUUCUACAGUGACAAUUUUUAGUGCUGUUCCUUUCUUUUUUUCCCAAGAGAUGUGUGGAUGAGGGUCUGGAGAAAUAGAGAAGAAUGUCUUCAGCCCUGACUCAAAAUUUUCUUGCAGUCUGAUGCAGGAAGCAGAAAACAUACCUCAAGAUAGAUUAAAGACAUGUUUAUGACUGUAGUAAGUGUUGGUUUUGAGUAAGAAAAAGCAGUGUUCUUACUGUUGCUUUCAUCUUCUACAGGCAAUUUUGAAGACUUCAACUUAGAAGAUGCAUUGGGAGCUACACAGAAGCCUGUUACACCUCCAAAGCCAUCCCCGACAGGUUUGGAUGAUUUCGACUUGGAACAUGCUCUUCACCCUCAUGACACCAAGCCAAGUCCACCUGCAAAUCCCAGAGACACUGAUAACCCCAAGCAAGGUCCACCUGCACGUCCUAAAGACACUGGCAACAUUGAUGAUUCAGAUUUAGAGGAUGGCAGUCUACCGAAAGGAAGAGGCGGUGGUAGUGGCAGCAAUGAACGAAAGGACCCAAGUCCAAACAAUAGUGAAGAAGCUUCUCAGGGAGCAAUAGCUGGAAUUGUAAGUGCUGUGGUUGCUACUGUGAUUGGAGCAGUAUCUAGUUUCAUUGCUUACCAGAAGAAGAAACUCUGUUUCAAACAAAGCGCAGAUGAAGAGAAUGUAAAUAUGGAAAGCCAUCGGGGAGCACAGUCUGAGCCACCUGUUCAGCGCACACUUCUGGAGAACUAAAUUAAAGAAAACGUGAUGAAGAACAGACCAUUGAAACUGGAUAGAGAGCCUGCAUUCUGCCUGAAAAAAAAAAAGGAACCAAAAAAAG